AUGACGCAAGUUGUUUUGGUGACUUGCAAUCAAUGGCAGUGCCUUCGUGAAGCUCACGUCUCACUUUGUGAAGCUCCCGUCUCACGCCAUCCUGAAGUGUAA